AUGAGUGCUGGAAGAAGGGAACAAAAGGAUUAUGAUUCUACAAAUCUUUUUAUCUAUACAAUGCCGAAUAAGAGAAAACCAAUUCAACAACAAGUAGAUGGUACAGAUGGACAGCCAAUCAAGCAUACUAAGGUACCAAGAGGAGAAGAAUUUAUAGAGAGCAUGAUUACAAAGAGCAUUGUCAAGGAAAUUGUGCUUUUCAGCAACCGUACAGAUGCAUUUUGUCAAGAUAAACCAAAGCUUAACGUAUUUGAAGUAUACAAUUACUUUGCUUUGGUGUUUACAUCUAUAACCCUUGGAAUAGAUAAUAACACAGAACUGUUUACUACUGGAACAUGGUCAUACAAUUACCCAUUCAAGGGAGAAUCUCUUCCCAAGUCCAGAUGGGAGCUUAUUCACCCCAACAUCUACAUCCCCAUCGACAUAUUUGUUAAUAUGCUUCAAGCCAACUUCAAAAGACACAUAGACCCUGGUACUUUUCUCACAGUCGACGAAUCAAGGAUCAAAGCAAAGCCUAGAGAUAAAGAUCUACUCAGUUUUAACAAAGACAAACCAGAGAAGUGGGCCAUAGAGUACAACACCCUUUCAGAUACCAAGACAAGGUACUUGUUAGCUAUGAUACCAAGCAAGGAAUACAAUGGAGAGACAAGUUUUCAAAAACUAGUUGAAUCUGUUAAACUAGACACCAAAAAGGACUAUCAUAUAACAGCUGACAGCAAGUUCUCCACACUAAACCAAAUAAGUUACUUGGAAAGAAAUGGAAUGUAUGGAACGCUUUGUAUUAAAGCAGAUAGACUCCCAUCGGAAGUAUGGAAAGUAGGAAUCAUUGUUGGGCUGCCCCAAUGGAAGUCAAGAUUUGCUUUCAAGGGUGCCACUAUCGCCGCUGGCUAUCACAGAAACAAGGUGAUGAGAUUAGCGACAAAUUCUUUUAAGAUGAAGUCGUCCAAAACCAGGGUAACGUCAGAGAUUGAUACAAAUAAGAGUAAUAAUAAUAGAGAUAAAAAAAUAGAGAACGAAAAUUUUGUUGCUUCACAACAAGUAUUAUCUCCACUUGAACUCGAAUCAGCUAUUUUCCUCAUUCAACAAUAUGGAGUAGCAACAGUAUCACAGGGUCAAGCAUUAUGUAAUACCUCUUAUUUUACUUGUGGAACUGUUGGAGGAGAAUACCAUGUAACAAAUGUAUUAUGUCAAGCAGAUUAA